AAAUAAUAAUUUAUUGUGAACAAAAAUUAACUAAUUUCUAUUUUAUCUAAUAAAAAAAAAAUGAAUUGCAGAUGGAGAAUAAAAAAAAUAAAAUUAAACCUAAGAACACCUUUGUCACGCAAGCAUGGACGAGAAAAAAUUCCAAAGAAUCAAAAUUUUCGAGAUUAAAAUUUAUAUCAAAUUAUUUUAAUCUGUAUUGUCAUAAUUCCAGCUUAAGCAGUUUGAAAUACCUUACUGAUUCAAAUAGACCUUGGUUCGAAAGAAUUUUCUGGAUUAUAAUACAUAAUCUAAUUAUAUCUGCUGUGGUGGUUAUGGUUUAUUUUUGCUGCAUAGACUUUUUGACAACACCUUUAAUAACUUCUAUGGAAACUGAUAGUUAUAAAACGACUACUUUAAGUUUUCCAGGAAUCGCUAUCUGCUCCAUUAACAGGCUAAGUAAGCACUCUGCUAUGAAUCUGGCGACCGAUAUUUUUAAUGCAAAUAUUACGAACUACACAAUAAAUGAAAUUUGCGAGUUGAUCAAGCAUUUGGGCGAUCUCUAUACUUUCACUUUUAAAGAUGUAAAUCGUUAUGUGGAAUUAAAUGAGCUUUUAACUACUUAUUAUAAAGGGCCUUACGAUGUUAUCAAUAUAAUGAAAGAUUUGUCUCCACAAUGUUCAAUGAUGUUAUUAAAAUGUAAGUUGUACGGCUUAUUUAGAAACUGUUCGGAUCUUUUUGAGUUUCGCAGGACGCAGGAUGGAUAUUGUUGCACCUUUAAUUAUGCGCGCGAAAACGAUGACAUUCCUGAACUAAACGAUACAAAAAACCCGAUUGAUCAAUACAAAGUAAUGGAUCUCGGAAUAGAACGCGGUCUAACGGUUGUAAUGGAUCCACUUGUAAAUGAUUAUUUCUACUCAGUGUUACCUAUAACGGGUUGGAAGGUGAUACUGUUUAACCCUACCGAUUAUCCAGAUAUGACCACCGGUGGUGUUUCAGAGAUUUUUGGAACGCCUCUUUCUGAGACAUUUGUGGACGUAACCAUGACGGGUUUUCUUAGUGCUGACGUUAUUCAAUCUUUCCCUAAGACUCAACGCAAUUGCAUUUUUAUGAAUGAAGACCGCGCAAGAUUCGACGGUGCGAUAUAUACUUACAGUGAUUGUAUUGCUGAUUGUAUAAUUCGCAACAUAUGGAAGGUUUGCGGAUGCAGACCGUUUAUUUACACACGUCGUGGCAAACAUGAAUGUUAGUAAAAUAUAUUAACAAUUUUAUUUACUGUCAAUAGUUGCUUAAUUCUCUUAUUUACUGUACAAAAAUUAUAUUAUAUUAAUCUUUAUAAAUAUUCUAAAUAGUAAAAUUAUUUCUAAAAAAAAAGCUUAACUAUUGUAUUUUUCUCUAAUUUACCUUCA